AUGACUCAGGAGUCAGUGGUGUUCAGUGAUGUGUCCAUAGACUUCUCUCAGGAAGAAUGGGAAUGCCUGAAUGAUGAUCAGAGAGAUUUAUACAGAGAUGUGAUGUUGGAGAAUUACAACAACCUGAUUUCAGUGGAUGUGAUCUCCUUCUUGGAGCAGGGGAAGGAACCCUGGUUGGUUGACAGAGAAGUAACAGGAAGCCAAUAUCCAGUCCUGGGAUCAAGAUGUGAAACCAAGAAAUUAUUUCUGAAGAAGGAAAUUAAUGAAAUACAGCCAGCCCAGUGGGAGAUAAUGGGAAGAUUUACAAGACAUGACCUUCAGUGCUCUAGUUUCAGAGAUAAUUGGGAAUGUAAUGACCAGUUUGAGAAACAACAUGGCUCUCAGGAGGGAAAUUUUAGUCAACCAAUAUACACCCAUGAAAGCAUGUCCACUUUUAAUCAGCAUCCAUCCUUUAUAUUACAGCAAAUCAUUCAUAAUAAAGAGAGAUACUGUGCCACUAAAGAAUAUAGGAAAACCUUUAGACAUGACUCACAGCUUACUACAGAUCAGGUUAUUCAUACCAUUGAGAAACCCUAUGAAUGUAAGGAAUGUGGAAAGGCCUUCAGACAUCCCUCAAGACUCCGCCAUCAUCAGAAAAUUUACACUAGCAAGAAAUCCUUUGAAUGUCAAGAAUGUGGAAAAACCUUUAUUUAUGGCUCAGACCUUACUCGACAUCAAAGAAUUCACACUGGUGAGAAACCCUAUGCAUGUAAAGAAUGUGGAAAGGCCUUUAGUAGUGGCUCAAACUUCACCAGACAUCAGAGAAUUCACACUGGUGAAAAGCCCUAUGAAUGUAAAGAAUGUGGAAAGGCCUUUAGUAGUGGCUCAAACUUUACUCAACAUCAGAGAAUUCACACAGGGGAGAAGCCCUAUGAAUGUAAGGAAUGUGGCAAUGCCUUUAGUCAGAGUUCACAACUUAUUAAACAUCAGAGAAUCCAUACAGGUGAGAAACCCUAUGAAUGUAAAGAAUGUGAAAAGGCUUUUCGUUCUGGUUCAGACCUUACUCGACACCAGAGAAUUCAUACUGGUGAGAAACCCUAUGAAUGUAAGAUAUGUGGGAAAGCCUAUUCUCAGAGUUCACAACUUAUUAGUCAUCAGAGAAUUCAUACUGGUGAGAAACCCUAUGAAUAUAGGGAAUGUGGAAAGACCUUUAAUUAUGGCUCACAACUUACUCAACAUCAAAAUUUGUACUGGUGA